AUGGACUCAUGUAAUACAGAUUUCAGUCUUGCCGCAAACAUCGCUCGCUUCGCGCCUUUAGCAUCAGAUUGUACUGGCAUCAUCACGAUCACCUACAUCUCGACUGAUACAUCAGCCACUGUUGGAGACAUCACACGUACUUCGUUGGUACCAUUCACAGUGACGGGUUACUCGACCACUGUUACUGUUCACGUUACCCCAUUGCGCAACGGGACAACAUUGACCAGUACCGAAAGUCGGGAUGUCACGACCAGUGUAUCUUUCGAGAAGAGAGCGACAAGCGACGUUGCAGCAUCCUUCACAACGUCCCCUUACCAGAACAGUUCUCUGGCCAUAACGCCAACACCUACGAAGCUACCCACAUUCUGCUCGACAGUGACCUCAGCCAUCACGGUAACCAAUAUCGUGACAUUACCUGGGACAACCGGAGUCACUAUCACUCUCACUAGUACCAUGCUUACUGCUUCAACACUGUUCAUUACCGAUUAUCCCGACCCGGCUGUUUUUGAGCCUACUAAAACGAGCACUGUGAAUGCCAUCCCUACUAGGCCGACAGAGCCAGGAACUACAGGUGCUCCCAUUGAAGAACCAAGCAUCCCCGCGUUACCUCAGGAUACUUCUCAUGGCCUACCAGAACCUACAGCUAGCAACCCAGUGCAAAGAUCGUCCAGAGGUCCUGGGCUGCCUCCUGAUGCACUGCCUACCUCGCCGGCUAAACCUCCAAAUACCAAAAUGACCUCGAUCGCUGGGGAGAUUCGUACCACGACUCUUCCAGGUAUCGGCCCUGUUGUAAUCGAUCCAUCACACUCAGCCAUCUUCAUCAGCGGCGUGGGAAGUGCGAUUACUCCGGGACAACAGACAACUAUCAACGACAUUCCGAUCUCAUUCGACACUUCCGCUACAUUCAUCGUCGUAGAUGGUACUCGGACAGUUGGUGUCCCUCCAUCAACUCCAGCGCCUCGACCAGCGCCAGUGGUAAUUGGUGGCACGACCAUUGACGUCGGCCAGAUUGCCACCGAACUAGACCCAGGAGAAGUGACUACCAUCAAUGGUGUUCCCAUCUCGCUGGACGACGCGGCUUCUAAUGUGGUCAUUGGAGAAACCAAGACUAUACCGCUGCUUGAAGUAACGCAGAUGCCUGCUGCAUCUAUGGUAGUUGUUGGCGAGACGACCUUGGAUGUAGGCGAGCUAGCUUCAGAACUUGUGCCUGGCGAGGUGACCGUCAUCGGCACCGUGACGGUCUCACGCGACAGUUCAGCCAUUGUAGCCGGUACCACGACUAUAUCACUUCCUUCAUCACCGAGCGAUGUUGUGGUUGGAGGCAUGACCAUCACCGCGGAAGCCCUUCCUUCUGGAUACUCUUUUAUCCCCGCUACCGCUGGAGGUGGCCUGCUGCUCCCGAAUGGUCAGACACUGAUGCCUGGUGCUAUGACGACGAUCAGUGGCGUUGAGAUCUCGCUCACUUCAGCAGAGACGCCUGUCGUCGUAGUUGAAGGCUCAGUAUCCAUCACUUCGACCAGAACCGUGGGCAGCACCUUCGAAGGCUUCAAUAACGGUGGCACUCUCGGCAUUGGACAACCGACAAGUACUUCCACCGGUGGCUUGACGCAGCUCACUGGUGAUGCUGUAGCAGCUACGAGAGAUCCUCGCAAUAUGUUAUGGGUAUCAGCUAUUGUAGGCAUGUUAUUUGGCAUUGCUUGCUCGUUGAUCUAG